GCCGCCACCUCCUGCAGCGCAGUGUGCAGCUCGGCGGAAGCGGACGCGCGCACCUCGAGGACGCGCAAAGUUUCGGCGUAGUGGCGAGCUGCGAAGCGCACGGGCCCUACAGUAUCACCCGAGAGGUUGAGACGCAGCACAGCCACGGGCACUGAUGGUUGCAGGAUGCGCGUCACAGCCUCGUCUGGAAGCACAGGCUCCAGAUCCAGCUCCACCUCCAGGCCAGGGUGGCGGCAACACACUGUCGCCCAGGCUUCAUCAGGCGGAGGGGACGCGCGAGCAUCUUCGGGGCACGCGCACCGGAGUGCCAGGAGGGCAAAAGGGGCGCGGCGUGGAGCAGCUAGACAUUCCAGCGCGCUGCACGACAGACUGGCAAGGUGCAGUCCGAGGGCGCGCAGGAGGCGAGAUGGCAGCUGGGCAAAAUGGGCAUGAGGAGUGGGUGGGCAGCGCCUACCUGUUUUUGGAGUCUUCGAUGGACAAGGUGGUCCUUUCUGAAGCCUACACAGAUCCCAAGAAGAAGGUGGCAAUAUACAAGGCUCUGCAGACUGCACUGUCAGAGAGUGCGGACAGCCCCGACGUACUGCAGAUACUCAAGAUCCACUGCAGCGACCCACAGCUUGUUGUGCAAUUGCGUUUCUGCGGGCGCCUGCUGUGCGGCCGCUUCCUCCAAGCGUACCGCGAGGGGGCGCUGCGUACCGCACUGCAGAGGUGCAUGGCCUCGGCGCUGGCCCAGGAAGCCGUGCGGCUGCAGCUGGAGUUGCGUGCUGGCGCGGAGCAGCUGGACACUUGGCUGACCGAUGAAGAUCGCUGUUUGAAUUACAUCUUAGCCCAGAAGCCCGAUCGGCUCCGGGACGAGGAACUCGCGGAGCUGGAGGAUAAGCUCUGCAAACUGACGUGUGACUGCACAGGCCAGGAUGGAUCCAUACAGGUGGCUCCAGAUGCUUCGAAGUCCCGGGUCCGCUCUCCUACUGAGGAGAAGUCACUGCCGGCGGCCUGCCAGACUUUCCUGUUUCAUGGUCAGCCCGUAGAGAACCGGCCACUGAAUCUGCAAGACCAGCAGACGUUCGCGCGCUCUGUGGGCCUCAAGUGGCGCAGGGUGGGGCGCUCGCUGCAGCGCAACUGUCGAGCACUGAGGGAUCCUGCCCUCGACUCGCUGGCCUACGAGUAUGAGCGCGAUGGGCUGUACGAGCAGGCCUUCCAGCUGCUGCGCCGCUUCAUGCAAGCGGAGGGCCGCCGUGCCACGCUGCAGCGCUUGGUGGAGGCACUGGAGGAGAAUGAGCUCACAAGUAUAGCAGAGGAUUUGGUGGGCCAGGCGGAGCCGGGUGGCGGCCUGGCCUAGGUCUAGUACUGUGGGAAGGGCAGUCAACCAGCAGUGCAGCCAGUAUUUGGAACCCACUGGUGGGUGUUGGAGUCGUCUUACUGCUGUUGUCACUGCUGACCACUUCCCACCCACUGGACUUAAGAGCAUACACACUCACUCCCCCACUUUGCUAAUGUGCUGGAGUGGAACUGACUGCCCUCCCCAGGAGCCAGCCAAGUACCCACGGAGCCUCGGGGUACAUCACCGAGGAUUGUGCCCCAGAUUCUUUGAUGGUGACAGCGUAGGUGUCAUUAUCCUCCCAUCCUAAAAGAGGACUUCCUGCAAAAACUCACUAAGUACCUUCUGAAGCCUAGAUACCAUUCAAGGUGUUACAAACACUGUUUGUGAGCAGGAUGCUCAAUUCUCCUUGCCCUUGGCUCAUACUCAGCGUGGGACGUAAGCACUUUGCAGCGAUAAUAAAAAUGUAACCCUUUUACAGACUUAUUUCAGAGAGCCGGAAUUGGAGCAAUUAAAACUACAGACAGGGAGUAGUGGAGCACAUCUUUAAUCCCAGCACUGGGAGGCAGAGGCAGGCAGAUCUCUUGUUACAAGCCAGCCUGGUGUACAGAGUGAGUCCCAAGACAGCCAGGACUACACAGAGAAACCCUGUCUGGUAAGCAAAACAAAACAACAACAAAAUCAAGACUAAGUUUUAAAUAUUUUUUCUGUUUUCUACUGAGGUCUUUUCCCUUGUUUCCACUAGACCGACAUACAAGAUUUCAGACAUUUUACAUGGCCUGUGACCUUCAGUAUGUUGAGGCAGGAUUGCUUCAAUUUGGAAGCUAGCAUGUGUUACAUAUUGAGACACACACACACACCCCGCCACUAAGAAACAAAACAAAACCAAAC